AUACAGUUCUAUACAUACAUAGGGCGAUAUAUAUAAGAAAUUUCAUGCAAUGAAUGCGCAACAAAAUAACAAUAAUACUUCUGUACCUCUUUGACUUUGACAUUCUUGACGUCCACACAAAUUAACGAUUGAAGAGCCUAUUCUUAUAAAGUGUUAAACCAUCGUGUUUUAUUUUUUAGAGCCAUUUUAUGGGUACAGUACAAUAAUUUUUUGCUAUGGGAGUUGUUGAUUGUCAUUUUGUGUGCAGUAAUACAAUAACAAUAUCAGCCUCAGUCAUGUGUUUCGAGUUUUUAUAAAUUUCAAGUAAGCAUUAUUCUCACCUAAGUGGUGAGGGAAAAAACAUUGUGUUCAUGGUGAGAAAUGUUGAAUAUCUCAAAAAACAGACAAUCGUCGGUAUUAAACAAUCCUGUAAAUGUUAGGUUAUGUUGUUGAGAAAACAAUCAGCAUCAUAUGCGUCAUUUGUAGUUUCUGUGUUAUAAAGUGCGUCCGCAGAAAAGUUGUAAAAGUGAUAUUUUAAAAUGCAAUGCCACAUUAAUGAUCUGCCGGAUGAAAUUUUGGAGUACAUUUUAAGCUUGGUUCCUCCUUACAAAGAUCUUCAGGAAUGUAGGUACGUCUCCAAGAGAUGGUGUCAGGCAACAAAUAACGUUAUCGAGCACAACCAGGCACACUUUCAAAAGUCAGUGGCUUAUGGAUCUUUACUCUGGAAUUCUUGGCCCAGUACGCACUGGACACCAACCAUUGGAAAGAGACACUCUCAUUCAGCCUGUGCAUAUAAUAAUUCUAUGUAUGUUUUUGGUGGAUGUACAGCUGCUUGUACUACGUUUAACGAUCUAUGGAGACUAGAUCUUGAUACCAGAGAAUGGGUGAGACCCAUUACAAUGGGAAGCUAUCCAUCUCCCAAAGCGUGUGCAACUAUGCUCUACUACAAAAAAAGUUUUAUCUUGUUUGGUGGCUGGUCUCAUCCUUCUCCAUAUCCUUUGCAUCAGCAAUGGAAGUUGUUCAAUGAACUGCACGUUUAUUCGAUUGAAUCCAAUCGUUGGGCUGCUAUAAAUCCAUUAGAAACACCACCCCCAACAUCAGCUCAUUCUGCCUCUAUUCAUGGAAAUACUAUGGUUGUAUUUGGUGGUGUUUCUAAUGGAUAUAGUACAAAUGAUGUAUGGUGUUUAAACUUAGACACGUACACAUGGAAAAAACAAGCCACGUCUAUUUUAAAGCCUUUGUCGCGUUAUGGCCAAUCACAAAUACCAUUGGGUGAUAAAUAUAUACUCAUACUAGGUGGAUGUACAGGUCCAAACGUUGCCAUGAAUGAUGCUUGGCUUCUGACAAUGGAAGAUCCAGUUUGGAUGUGGAAAAAAGUCAAUAUGCGUCAUGUAGAGUAUGCCCCAACUAGGAUAUGGUGCCACCAGGCAUGCAAGGUGGGGAAUAAUGUGAUCGUUUUGAGUAAGAAAAAAAGACAAUCACAUCUCAAUGGUAUGAGUAUAUCUGUAGGAAAACCAGCAAAUCCUCCUCAAAAUUUUAAUAUACCUCCCCGAGAACGGCACAUACAAAGACCAACGCGAGAAAUAGAUCGAGAUGAGAAUGUCAAUGGGCGCCGAGGCCAUCUUCAAAGAUCAAAUCUUCGAAAUUCACAACCCAGAGCAUCGAGUUCACCGUCUAAUCACGUUCUGCCGAUGCCAAUUUACGACAGCACGUUGAGCUUGGCUGCCUUCCGUGAAGAUGCCGUACGAACCAACUCCUCCUUAAACCGCCAGCGGCAGUUGGAAUCUCUUCGUCGAUUGGAAGAGAGACUUCAGAGCCGCAAAGUUCAGUCCAAGGCUGUCAAAAAGACCGAAAAUACACUAGCCAUAUUUGUACUAGACAUUAACGACGUGUUGUGCAACGAGUGUUCCGCAUCCUGGAUUCCUUUGAAACAAAAUAAUCAGGCUGGUCCGGACGAGAGAAUACUGUAUUCUCUGGUCCUUGGCAAGGGAGAACUAAUAGUUUUUGGAGGAAUAAGAAAAGAACAGGCAACGACUCAAGGACAGACGGAUUUUGAUGACUCCCAAGUGUACAAUGAUCUUCAUUUUAUUAAUCCGCCCAAGUAUGUUAUAUAGUGUACAUAAAAGUAACAUAAUGCUGUAAAAUUUUAUUGGUUUCUCGGGUCUUAUUGAUGGAAAGUAAGUAUAAAAUCUUUAAAUAUCAAAUUGUAACAUAUAUGUAUAAAUUUCUUUAUCAGUAAAGAAUACUGUAACAAAGCAAAAAACGCUUUUUAAAUUAAUUAAAGUAUAAAUACAAAGAUUUUUUUUAAA